AUGAACACCGGGCAUAAUGAAGAGAAAGAGGAGAAGUUGCUUGAGAGAUGUCCUCCUGGCCAUGAGGGGACAAAGUUGGUGGACAUACCCACCACAAUUCUCAAUGUGUCCGGUACCAUCAUCGCAUGGUACCUCCCAGACGCCCUGACAGCUGCAACCCAGAGGGAAAUUUGGGCAGCCACCGAUCUGCUCACUCUAAGUCUGAAAAAAAGUGUAAAGGUCAAUGGCAAUUGGCGAACUAAUUCGGAGUGGUUCAAACACAGCUCUGAAGAUGUUGGCUUAACUCCCAGAUGCAUGAAUUUAUCUCCGGCAUGGUUUCAACAGGGGCAUGAGAAUUUGUCAGAUCCGGAGGUAUCUGCAUCAUUGAAGGGACCAUUCAGUGAGAAAAUCCUCAAGGCCAUUGCGAGGCCAGCAGCCAUUGCAUCAGCGGCACUCAGGGUGAUGCAUCCAGAGCAGUACUGGGCAGGGUUACAAACCUUUGCAAGCCUCGGAGAAAAGGCAGAAAGCAAGGAACUGCCACAGAUGUCUGAGACCCUCCAGUACUGGGCAUUGGUGUUUAACUCCCUCUCUAUCAUUUCCAAUCGGCAAACCCUGAAUCAUCGAGACCAUUUAUCCAUUCUGGAAUGCUUCGAUAUUCUCAUCACGGUGGGGAAUUAUUCCAAUGCUCACAUUAAAGGAUUGUUAGACAUGGGGUUCAUGAAGUAG